AUUUAGAGAAUUUAGGAAAAGAUCGAAAAACCAAAAAAAGCUAAUGCCAAAGUGCCAAAAAGGGUGGGUGUGCACGUAUAGAGGAGAGGAAUCUUGAAAGGAAGAAAGAGUUGUACAAGGAACUCUUCUAUCAUCCUUCUUCUCCUUCUUUCUCUCUCUCUGUCUCUCAACCCAUAGAAACCAGGAAAAAUAAGAAGAAGAGCAAAAUAUUGCUUUAGGAAACAAAAACAAAUCAUGUCUUCCCCAAGCAAACGCAGAGAGAUGGACUUGAUGAAACUGAUGAUGAGUGAUUACAAGGUAGAGAUGAUCAAUGAUGGCAUGCAAGAGUUCUAUGUAGAUUUUCAUGGGCCCAGUGAUAGUCCUUAUCAUGGAGGUGUAUGGAGGAUAAGAGUCGAACUACCAGAUGCUUAUCCCUAUAAAUCUCCAUCAAUAGGAUUUAUUAAUAAGAUCUACCACCCAAAUGUUGAUGAGAUGUCAGGUUCUGUUUGUUUAGAUGUUAUCAAUCAAACCUGGAGCCCCAUGUUCGAUCUGGUAAAUGUGUUUGAAGUAUUCCUGCCACAACUUCUUCUGUAUCCCAACCCAUCAGACCCUCUGAAUGGAGAAGCUGCUGCAUUGAUGAUGCGUGAUCGCACUGCUUAUGAACAAAGAGUUAAAGAAUACCGUGAGAAGUAUGCCAAACCAGAAGACAUAGGAGCCAUCCCAGAAGACAAAUCAAGUGAUGAGGAAUUGAGUGAAGAUGAUUCUGAUUCCAGUGAUGAACAAGUGGCAGGCCAAGCAGAUCCAUAGGUGGUUCCUGGUCUGUACUUUCUGUAACUCUAUCUGUACAUAAUGUUUAAAGUUUCUCGCAAAUUCAUCCAAAACUCCAACGAGGACUCUAUAUUGGGUAGGGGAAAGAAUUUCCUCAUCCUUGUGUAUUUGCUUUCUCACUGUAAAUAAAAUGUACUAUUGGUUUCAAA